AUGCAGGUCAGUAGGCCACUCGCACGUGCUGCCUCCGUCGCAAUGGUCGGCGCGUACAGUGGCACCUGUGGCAGGCAAGCUAUCUUGGCUAACAUGGCCCGACUCCAUCAGAACCGUGGAGCUGCCUCCUCGUCUCGGCGCGCCUACUCCACACCUUCGGAACCCGCUCCCAGCCCAACCUCAAAGCAAGGUGUACAGGCCAAAGACCGUCCAGGCAACCCAGGCCUCAAGCAUCCAGACGGAAGCUACCUGCUCUUCCACCCGAUCUACUCGGAGAGCGAUCUCGACAGCGUCAAAGUCGUAUACCGCGAGAGCAAGACGUUCGGCGACAAGGUAGCAAGGCUCAUGUGCACUACCGCACGCACAAUCUUCGACAUGGCCACACGCUACCCAGACCACAACGGCGUCAAAUUCCCGCCCAUCAAGAAGGACGUCGAGAAGACGGUUGCUCUACCCAAGCAUCUCUCCGGGGCUGGCAAGGACAAUGCGAAUGCGACCGACGUGCAAGCGACUGCCAAAGACGACGGAGCAAUGACCCUGCAAGAGAUGCGCGCCAAGGGUCUCUGUUUUGGGCCAGAUGGUUGGCUCAAUCGCAUCAUCUUCCUCGAAACCAUUGCCGGCGUUCCGGGAAUGGUCGCCGCCUCCUGUCGACACCUUCAGAGCCUCCGCUUGAUGAAGCGCGACAAGGGAUGGAUCCACACGAUGCUAGAGGACGCAGAGAACGAGCGCAUGCACCUUCUCACUUUUAUGGCGGUCGCAAAGCCAGGUUGGAUCGCUCGCACGUUUGCCCUCCUCGCCCAAGGCGUCUUCUACAACUUUUUCUUCGUCUUCUAUCUCAUUUCGCCCAAGGUCGCACACAGAUUUGUUGGUGUACUGGAGGAAGAAGCGGUGCUCACUUACUCGUACAUCCUCGAAGACCUCAAGGAAGGAAGGCUGCCAGAGUGGGAGAACGUUCCGGCGCCCGAGAUCGCCAAGCAGUACUGGCAGUUGGGAGACCAGGCCAUGCUCGUCGACGUCAUCCGAGCUGUGCGCGCCGACGAGGCGACGCACCGACACAUCAACCAUACGUUUGCCUCGCUCGAGUCGACCGAUCCCAACCCAUUUGCGCAGCGGGAGCCUCCAGCAAAGAUGCGAGCAGAGACCUACGGCUUGGAACGCGAGGAAGCGCUCGAAUGGGCCAAAGGCAAGGAGCUCGGCGAUGGAACUAGUGCCGCUGCUGCUGCCGAAAAGACCGCCUAG